CCAAGUAUCCCCAGCAACCAGUGUCUCCUGUACCAGCAGAAGCUCCAGAGCUCUCAGCCACUUGCCUGCCUCUGCCGCAUCUCUGCCCACUGAACAGCCAUGAGAAGGCAGCUCCGGUCGAGAAGGGCUCCGGCCUUUCCAUACGGUUAUCGCUACAGACUUGAUGAUCAGGAUGAAGUGAAUCAGAACUACUUAGCAGAUGAAGAGGAAGAAGCAGAAGAAGAGGCUCGGGUGAUGGUGGUACCUGAUUUGGAGGAGGAGGAGGAGGAAGAAGAGGAGGGGAAAGAAGAAGAGGAAAAGGAAGAGGAAGAGAGUCAGGCUCAGGAAACAGGCAGUGCCUGGUGGCGGAAAUGGCAGAUCGUGAACGAGUACCUGUGGGAUCCGGAGAAAAGGAUGUCUCUGGCCCGAACAGGUCAGAGUUGGAGCCUGAUCUUAGUCAUUUACUUCUUCUUCUAUGCUUCCCUGGCCGCUGUGAUCACCCUCUGCAUGUACACGCUAUUUCUGACCAUCAGUCCUUAUAUGCCGACCUUCACUGAGAGGGUGAAGCCUCCUGGAGUUAUGAUCAGACCCUUCGCCCAUAGCCUUAACUUCAACUUCAACGUUUCUGAACCUGACACUUGGCAGCAUUAUGUGAUUAGUCUAAAUGGCUUUCUCCAGGGUUAUAACGACAGUCUUCAAGAGGAAAUGAACGUAGAUUGCCCCCCGGGCCAAUACUUCAUCCAAGAUGGUGAUGAGGAUGAGGACAAGAAGGCCUGCCAAUUUAAGCGCUCCUUCCUGAAGAACUGCUCUGGCCUGGAGGACCCUACUUUUGGCUACUCUACUGGACAGCCCUGCAUCCUUCUAAAGAUGAACCGGAUUGUUGGCUUUCGUCCUGAGCCUGGAGACCCUGUGAAGGUUUCCUGCAAAGUUCAGAGAGGUGAUGAAAACGACAUCCGAUCCAUCAAUUACUACCCAGAGUCGGCUUCUUUUGACCUCCGUUACUACCCUUACUAUGGCAAACUGACUCACGUUAACUACACCUCCCCGCUGGUGGCAAUGCACUUUACAGAUGUAGUGAAGAACCAAGCGGUGCCUGUGCAGUGCCAACUGAAGGGCAAAGGCAUCAUAAAUGAUGUCAUCAAUGAUCGUUUUGUGGGUAGGGUAAUCUUUACUCUGAACAUAGAAACCUAAGAACUUCAGGGGGCCACUCCCACUAGUUCUGUUUCUGUUUUAUUUCAUGUUACCCUGGUAGCACCUGAAUUCUUUUUCUUCAAUUGGGACACAGCCAAGUGGACACCUGAGACAGCAGAUCAUCUUUCCUUGCCUUUAACAUAUGUUCGAAAUGGCAUUGUGGGAGCUAUUUGAUUUUUAAAGGUAGUCUCUCCUGAUGACAAAUAGCUUAUAUUAAUUUCCUUUUCUCCCACUUAAAACUAAAACCCAUUCUUGCUGCUAGAAGUCUCAUUGUAGUGUAACAUAGUAUCUGAUAAAAUUCACAAUAGCCAUGAAGGAGAAUUUCCGUAAUGAUUAUAAAUUCAUCAUGUUUUCUAAAAAUUUGUUGUUUUUAGAGGUAAGAUUCCUCCCAACCAGGCUGAUAACUAACCAUUUUUGUUAACCUGCCUGGCACGGUCCUUCCCUGAGAAUCACCAACCAGACCAAUCCAGAAUACACCUAGGGCCACCAUACCUAGGGAACUCUACAUCCAGGGGUGCUUGUGAAACUGGCUGCCUCACAUGGGCAACUAAAUACUGAUUCACAGACUAGGUUAUCUUCAACUGGGACAGAAGUCAGUGAUAACUGGAUAUUGUCCUGGGAUAGACCAGAACAUAGACCUUCCCUAUAACUUUUUUUGGGAGGUGAGGCCCACUGCAACUGGGGAGAACACCUACCAUGUGGACGUGACUGGUAUUAGAUUCCUUGCUUUAUGGUGUAAUCCAAAGGCAAAUGUUCCUGCAGAAAGGUUUGUCUCAGCUUCAGACACAGGAAGAAAACAAGGAAUAUCUCCACCAACUAAUUCUUGAGCUCUUUGUUUGACAGUAGUGUGAUGUUCUUUGAGACCAUCAGGGAUAGGUGUGUUGACCGUUCCCGCCCACACCUCGUUACAGCGCUGGGGAUUGAAAUCAGGGUCUCCCAACUGAUACGUGGUAAGACAGAAAGCUCCUGCCAGGCCACCCUAAAUUCAAGGCCCAUUAGCCAGCUUUGCAGUUGUUUAAAAAAUGAUAAGAGGUAGAUGUUUAUCCAGGUUGUGGAUCAGCCAGGCUGCUUUGUCUUAUCUUUGGCCAUGUGACCAUUCCACUGUUCCUUAACACCUCCACCAGGGGGAGGGCUGGGACAAGGAGAAAAAGAAAGCAUCAGAGAAGAGUAUAGUGUCUCAGGGUCCAAAGCAGGGUUAAAUGCCACCUAGAAGUAUCCAGAAUCUGAAUCUCCUCUAUAAUGUUUACCUUCUCCCAAAACAGGGAACUGACAGUAUGGUAGUGAAGAAAAACAAGUAAAGAAGUAACUACAAUAUAGCGUGACAAGAGUUAUAAUACUAGUAUGUGGAAAUGCUAUGGGAACAUGAAGAAAAGUAAGCUGAGAAAGUAGCAGAGGAAAUUUCACAUGCAAAGUCACAAUCACGAAAGACCAUGGUGUGUUUGGGUAACUGAGCAGUUCAUGUAGCUGGAGUGUAAAGGGCUCAGAGCAAUGGCAGGGAGCGGCAGUGGAUUGGGCUAGAAAUGUAUACAGGUACUGAAAGAAGACUUUGAGUUUUAUCGAGUAGGUGAAAAGGAGUCAUGAAAGCAUUUUAUGCAGGGAAGCUCUGUGAUCAUAUUUACUUUUUAGAAAGAGCACUUUGGCAGCCACAGUGUGAAGGGUGGAUUGGAGAAGGGCAAGACUGGGGAAUGGGCAACGAGGGAGAAGAGGGAGUCAAGAAUGACGCCAAGGUUUUGAGCUUGGCUACACCCAGUGGGAUAAUGAUAUUGUUAAGACUGGAAAUACACGAGUGAAGCAGGAUUGGAGAGGAAGAUGUUGAGAUCACUUCUGGACAUUUUAGGCUUUUGAUUUCUAUUGGUCAGACAUUGAUGUGGAGAUGUAAAUAUAAGUGGGGUUGGGAAGAAGGAAAUCUGAGAACAAAAGCAGCAUUCGCUGAAGUGAACUCUCUUAAUAAAGUCUAAGCUAUUUAAUCAUGGGAAUUUGAGCCACUUAUGUAAAGACACCACAGCAAUCUAGUCUCUCGGGUAGUGCUUCUCUCUUGGCUUAUGGCAGAAAGGACUGCUGCUGCUCGUUGGAAUCUCCUUCCCAGACACCUUUCCAACUUUUAGUGACAGAGUAAAGGGGGGUUGACUGCUAUUAACAAGUGAUUAAAAGACAUGCGACAGCAGAUUUGUGGAAAAUACAAAAAACAAUGAAACUGUCUCCUCCCAACGCCUUUCCUUACCAAAUUCCAUUUUCAAAGCUAACCUUUAAAAAGAAACAAACUUGAAGAUAACAACUUUAAAGCCACCUAAAAAUUACCUCAAAUAACCAAACUCUCGAGAUUUAGUAGUAAAAGGUAAUAGAACAUUAGAUCUGGAAAGGAUAUUAGAGCGUUUAGUGAAAACAACCUGCGUUGCAUCUGACUCCAGGUCCAGUGCUCUUUCUACUCUGAGCUGCUGCUUACCAGGAAGUACCAUCUUUUUAAAAAUCAAUGAAUGAUAUCCCAAACAUUUUAAAACAUAUGUCAAAUUUGAGUUAGAAUAGUUAACAUUUCACAGGAAUUCAACUGGUGCUAUAUAUUAUACAUAAUACAUUAUCCUGUUAAAUACGUUGACUAUUAGACAGACAAGGAAUUAUGAAUCUUUUGUCAUACAGUAUUUCUCAUUCAGUGGAAUCCAUCGUGUCCACAGUUUCAAAGCAGUAAUGAAUAGUACUAGGGCAGUUGGGGAUGUCAGCUGGGACAUUUAAAAAUAGCUUUAUUAUACAGAACUGGAUAUUAUAAUAUAUUCACUAAAAUUGAAUUCUAACAAUUCAAUAAACUUCAAAUGGAUUAAUUUAAAUAGUCCCCCAAACUGUGCUGUACAGGAUUUGAUUUGUAUACCAUCUGUUGCAGUGCACUUGGUUUUACUUGAUUGUCAAUGAGAAAUACUACUUUCAAAUGCCUUCAUGAUUUUGUCCAUGCUAGACUUAGGAUUUUUUACUUCUUAUCCCUCUGAAAUUAUUAUCCUGAAGUUACCUUUCUUAGGCAUCUGUUUGCUGGGAAUCUUCAUAUAGAAGACAUUAAUACUGUCUUGGGGAGUUGUUGACAGCAAUAAAUUAAAAUUAAAAAGGA